AUGGCAGCGAGAGGGUUGCACUUCCAGGCAAAAAGGCAAGUCGUAUUUCUCUUUCUGUUUGGGGGAGCUUGUUUGGCAGGUUCUGGGGUCCGACAUUAUUCAGUGAGAGAGGAAACAGAAAAAGGAUCAGUUGUGAUCAACUUGGCACAGGAUCUGGGACUAAAGGUCGGGGUACUGUCUGCAAGGAACACCAGGGUGGUUUCCGAUGAAAACAACCAGCGCUUGCUCCUGGAUCCCCAGACUGGGGACUUGCUCACAAAUGAGAAGCUGGACCGGGAGGAGUUGUGCGGCCCCACGGAACCCUGUGUCCUGGAUUUUCAAAUUUUAAUGGAUAAUCCCUUUCAGAUUUACCGGGCUAAACUGAGAGUCAUGGAUGUAAAUGAUCACUCACCAGUGUUUCGAGACAAAGAAAUGGUCUUAAAAGUACCAGAAAACACAGCUGAAGGGACAGCAUUUCGACUAGAAAGAGGACAGGAUUCUGAUGGAGGAAUUAAUAGUAUCCAAAAUUACACGAUAAGCCCCAACCCUUUCUUCCAUCUGAAAAUUAGUGGCAGUGAGGAAGGUACAAUCUAUCCAGAGCUCGUGUUGGACCAAGCGCUGGACUGGGAGGAACAGCAGGAGCUGAGCCUAACCCUCACAGCCCUGGACGGUGCGUCUCCACCCAGGUCUGGGACUGCCUCCAUACGCAUAGUGGUGCUGGACGUCAAUGACAACCCUCCACUGUUUGCCCAUGACCUCUAUGGAACCCAGAUUCCAGAAGACAGCCCCGCAGGGUCCCUGGUCAUGAAAGUCUCUGCAGGAGAUACAGACUCGGGAGUCAAUGCAGCCGUGUCCUAUUCACUCUUAGAUGCUUCUGAAGACGUUCGAACGACGUUUCACAUCGAUCCUUCCUCUGGGGAAAUCAUUCUCAGAGCGUUGCUUGAUUAUGAGAUAGUAAAGUCAUACAGAAUCAAUAUACAGGCAACAGAUGGUGGAGGACUGUCGGCGAGGUGCGCGGUGUUGGUGGAGGUGUUAGACACCAACGACAACCGCCCUGAACUGAGCAUAUCAUCCAUGACUGACCACAUUGCUGAGAAUUCUCCGGAGACAGUGGUGGCUGUUUUCAAAGUUAAAGACAGAGACGCAGGAGAAAACGGGAAGAUGGUAUGCUCCAUCCAGGAUGACCUUCCAUUCCUUUUGAAAUCUACGGUUGACAACUUUUAUGUUCUAAUGACAGCAGGACCGCUGGACAGGGAGGCCAGGGCCCAGUACACCAUCACCAUCACCGUCUCUGACCUGGGCACGCCCAGGCUGCAGAGCCAGCACAACGUGACAGUGCACGUGUCCGACGUCAACGACAACGCGCCCACCUUCAGCCAGGCCCUGUACACCCUGUUCGUGCUGGAGAACAACAGCCCCGCGCUGCACAUCGGCAGCGUGAGCGCCAGCGACAGGGACGCGGGCACCAACGCCCAGCUCACCUACUCGCUGCUCACACCUCGGCCCCAGCAGGUGGACGUGGGCGCGCUGGUGGCCCUGGACGCGGCGAGCGGGCAGCUGUUCGCGCUGCGCGCGCUCGACUACGAGACCCUGCGCGCCUUCGAGUUCGGCGUGCGCGCGUCGGACGGCGGGUCUCCGGCGCUGAGCGGCGAGGCGCGCGUGCGCGUGGUGCUGCGCGACGCCAACGACCACGCGCCGCGCGUGCUGUACCCGCCGCGCAACGGCUCUGCGGCGGGCGCGUGCCCCGAGCUGGUGCCGCGCGGCGCCGAGGCGGGCUACGUGGUGAGCAAGGUGGUGGCGGUGGACGGCGACUCGGGCCGCAACGCGUGGCUGUCGUACGAGCUGCUGCAGGCCACGGAGCCCGGGCUGUUCGGCGUGUGGGCGCACAGCGGCGAGGUGCGCACGGCGCGGCCUGUGAGCGAGCGCGACGCGCCGCAGCAGCGGCUGCUGGUGCAGGUGCGCGACCACGGCGAGCCGCCGCUCUCGGCCAGCGUGGCGCUGCACGUGCUGCUGGUGGACGGCUUCUCGCAGCCCUACCUGCCGCGGCCCGACGCGCCGGCGGGGCAGGCGGGGCAGGCGGGGCAGGCGGGUGUGGGGGGUGUGGGGGGCGAGGCUGGGCAGGCGGAGGCGCUGACGGUGUCGCUGGUGGUGGCGCUGGCGGCGGUGUCUUCUCUGUUCUUGGCGUCUGUGUUGGCGCUGGUGGCCGCGCGGCUGUGUGGGCGCGGCGGGGCCGGGGCUGGGGCUGUGGCGGUGGGGUCAGGGUGUGGGGUGUCUGUGGCCGAGGGCCGCUUCUUCCCUGCCGGGGCUGGGUGUGGUGGUGUGGGUCCUCUGGUGGACGUGGGCGGGGCGGGGACGCUGUCGCAGAGCUACCAGUAUGAGGUGUGUGUGAGUGGAGGGAGUGGGACUGGUGAGUUCAAGUUCAUGAAGCCGAUUAUACCUAACCUCACAGCCAAGGUUACUGGCAAAGAAAUAGAGCAUUCUCCUCUCCACAGUGGGUUUGAGUUCAAAUAUGAAUAA